AUGUUCACGACACUUGGUCUGUUCGCAGACGUACCCUGCCCAGAGGGCCAAAAAUGUCCUCUUCUUACGUGCAUGUUCUCUCACAAGGCUCGCAACUUACCUGCAGCCACGGCUCAACUUUGUCACAACACCAAGAUAUCAGGAGAUGACAAUGCCCGUGCUUCAAAAAGGCUCAAAAUUGAAGGCGGGUCGUCAUCUUUGACGGACUCAUCCGGACUGUCUCGUACAAGCCAUGGUUCUGAGAGCACAGCAACCGCCUCGGUACCAUCAGGGCCAGGAUUUCGCAGAGAAUCACCUGCCAGUCGUGGCACCCCAAAACUUGUUUCAGCCUCCAGACCAGUCUCUCCGCCACCAUCAUCCCGCUCGGGAUCUAAAGGCACUGGUGGUGAACUUCUUAAUGGCAUCACUACUGCUUCUCCCAAGGUCGCGUUAACAAAGCUUCCGCCGCGAACGGUGCGUAAGGAAACUCUCAAUCCUCGCAUGCUGGCCAAGGCUCCCGCUUCGCAUGCUGUCCGGACUGCCAUUCUGAAAAAGCUGCACGCUGCCAUGACUGGUCUCAACGAGAAAAUGGCCAAAGAGAAAGAUGACAAUAACAAGAUCUUUGUUUUGAACCAAGACGAGCUUGUGACAAUGGCUUUGGACGAAGAAGAAAGAGUGGCCAAGGAGAGCCACGGUGUCUAUAACAACAUCAUCAAGCUUCGCAUAGUUAAAUUGACGAAAAUGGCCUUGGAGGAGUGGACCAAAGAAGUCACGGCUCAUCUCAACAUGCGAUACUACAAAACCAAUCCGAUUUAUCCGGCUCAAGCUCAGGAGGCUCCUAUGCCCAUCGACACUGGACUCACAGUCAAGGAAGAGAUCGUUCUGGCGACUGAGUUGGUCACUCCGUUGAAUGGCCUCGAGCAGUUCGGAUAUGUCACCAAAGCCCCUACGGAGGAAGAGAUUGAGAUUGCUAGGAAAGGCGCAGCAGAAUCCAAAGGUUGGGAGAAGUGCGACCGAUGUGCGGGACGUUUCCAAGUCUUCCCUGGUCGCCGGGAGGACGGAGCGCUGACGAGUGGUGGUCAAUGUACCUACCAUCCUAACCGACCCAUUUUCCCUCCCCGCAAGAAGACAGACAACGUAACUGGUUCCUCGGAGCAGUACUUUCCUUGCUGCGGAGAAUCUGUCGGGGCCUCGGCUGGCUGUACCAAAGGCACUACACAUGUUUUCAAAGUGUCAGAGACCAAACGUCUUGCAUCGAUUCUCCAGUUCCAGACAACCCGCAGCCAACCCAAUAAAGGACACCUGGAUCCUGUCUGCUUUGACUGUGAAAUGGGCUACACAACCUUGGGCAUGGAGCUGAUUCGUCUCACAGCCACCAGCUGGCCUGAAGGUCGUGAGCUCCUCGACGUCCUCGUCAAGCCCAUGGGCGAGAUUCUGGACCUGAAUUCGCGUUUCUCAGGCGUGUUCAAGGAGCACUAUUUCUCUGCUACUCCUUACGGGACCUCUGCCCCUCCAAAGGGAACCGACAACCAACAACCACUACAAGUGGUCGAGUCACCCGCUGCGGCACGGGAUCUACUGUUCAAACUUCUCCAGCCCGAAACACCUCUGAUGGGCCAUGCGAUUGACAACGACCUCAAUGUCUGCCGUGUGAUCCACCCCACAAUCAUCGAUACAGUCCUUCUCUAUCCGCAUCCAAGACGUCUUCCCAACCGCAUGAGCCUGAAAGCACUUGCCCGGAGAUUCCUCGAUCGUGAAAUCCAAACCGGAGGAGACAAGGGCCACGACUCUAAGGAAGACUCAAUCGCCACAGGUGACUUGGUUCGGGUCAAAGUGCGUGAGUUAUGGCAGCGCUUGAAAGCCAAAAACUGGAAGAUUGAGGACGGUGCACUGAUUGCACCGCCCGGUCAAGCAUCCGAGAAUGUGGAUAAAGUUGUGGUGGAUCUCGGCUAUGAAUUCGGACACAAGAGGAAAAAUUCAAGUGUUUCAUGA